GUUUUUGGAACAUGUACAAGUUUUGCCUGGUGGAGCACCAGCAGCAUCUCCACCACCGAAUCCGUUUGGUGUGUAGACUACACAAAGUAUGUGAAUAUCCUAGUACUAGCGUUCAACCUUGUAAAGAGCACACGUAAUCGAGGGCUGUACAAAACGCAAUGGAUGCUACGUUGAAAGGGGCUCCGAGCAGCAUUUUCUAUCCUCGGGUAAUGAAUUUGGGUUCAAGAAUUCGUCAAGCGUGGGUAGUUUCUAAGCCAGCCUCGAGGAGUCGAGCUAGACUUCGUUCGGAUUCAGCCUCCGAUGUGGACGCUCAAGCCGAGGCCGAGCGCAAGAGACUGGAUUCCGAGGCACGAGAGGCCAUGAAAGUCGUGGCUGAACAGAGCCAGGCUGACGACAGGCCUGGCGCAUGGAAAUGGCAGAUAAGGAAGCGGGUGUGGGAUUUGCUGGAAGCCGAAGACAUUGCAAGGAUGCCAAGACCAGUUCAUCACAGGAUUCCAAAUUUUCAAGGGGCUGAGCUUGCGGCAGACAAGCUGCGGAAGAUGCCAGUCUUUGAAGAUGCGAAGUGUGUCAAGGUGAAUCCGGACACGCCACAAAAACCAGUGCGAUACAUGACUCUGAGAGGUAUGAUUGAUGACUUUCGCCUUAUGUAUACUCAAAAUCGUAAUCUAUCUCUGACAGGCAUGAAAAAGUUGCUCGUACCGCAACCACGCCUUAGAACUGGUUUCUUCUCCAUGCUGGAUCCAGUAAGUAUGAACGAUAGAGACAUGAGGGAGGCUGUCACACAAACAGGCUUUCGGAAGUUUGGGAAGCCGUUGGGGCUUGAUGCGAAGCUCAAAGUGGAUCUCAUUGUGAUCGGCUCCGUUGCUGUGGAUCCAAAAACUGGUGCUCGUCUUGGUAAAGGCGAGGGAUUCGCGGAGUUGGAAUAUGGGAUGCUCCGGUUUAUGGGAGCGAUAGACGAUUCAACUUUGAUUGUUACCACAGUGCAUGACAAGCAACUCGUUGACGAGAUUCAAGCGGACAAGCUGCUUAUACACGACGUCCCAGUGGAUGUAAUUUGCACCCCUACGCAAGUUAUAUUUACAAACACAACCAUUCCAAAGCCUACAGGAAUCUACUGGGACAGACUAUCCCCCGAGAAGCUUAAUCAGAUCAGAAUCCUCCAGCAGCUUAAGAGACAGAUCGAGAACGAAACGGGGGUGGCACUGACGCUGGGUCCUUCCGAAAGAUUGCCGCCGACGGCCCAAAGAGUGAAUCAACGGACCUCGGGCAGAUAAGUGAAUCAACUAAGAGCUCUGAGGGUACCGACGCACGAGAGGUCCAGGCCUCGAGCGGUCUGACUUUGACUUUGUCUCGUUGCAACAGGCUUUAAUACUUGAGCAGUGCUGCCUUGCUA